AUUACUGACUCAGACCGCAGUACGAGCAUUCACACUCCAGCACUGCCGCCCCAAAGUGUGAGAGGUAUGUUGCGAGUAUGGUCAGAUGCUGCAGUAAUCUUUGACCGUCGUGUGAGCCUCAACUCCUUUCUCCAGCAUUUGCUUAUAAGGAGGCAUUUUUGCCUUGGCAUACAUACAUACACCUUACUCCCACGAGAACAAUGCAUCCUUUUACAACGCUCCUCGCACUGGCUGUACCUCUUCUCGCCGGGGCUCAAAAUACAGUUAUACAAGUCGGCGGCACUACGACAGAAGCCGGUGGUAUCUUCCAAUUCAUCCCUGCCAACGUCACUGUCUCCCAGGGAGACGUUGUUACCUUCAACUUUUCCGGGAACCCAGGCAACCACUCGAUCACUCAAUCUAGUUUGACGAACCCAUGCACGCCUCUGAGCGACGGUUUUGAUUCGGGUUGGGUUUUCAUCUCGGGCGAGACGCCAACUCCGCAAUGGAACCUCACUAUUACCAAUGCCUCCGUCCCUAUCUGGUUCUAUUGCAAACAGCUCGUGCCAAGCCCACAUUGCAAAGUAGGAAUGGUUGGAGCCAUCAAUGCACCUAUGUCGGGAAACGCGACGUUUGAUGUGUUCCUCAGUAAUGCGAAGGCGUUCUCUGGGACGCCGGGCCAAGAGGUCGGUGCGUUGGUAGGACUGGAUGCAUCCGCCUCUGCAGCCCCGGGACCCAUCCCUAGUGGAGCAUCGUUGUUUGGUUCGCCGGCCGCGAGUGUUACUGCUACUGCGACUGGAGCUGGAGCUAGUGCUAGUGCUAGCGGUGGCACUAGUUCGUCGAGCAGUGCAGCAGGGGCAGGGGCAUCUAGUGCAGCGCUAGGUCUUCGUGCGUCUGGGUUGUGGGCGGGCGUUGCGAUGAUUAUGGGUGCUGCAUUAACCUGAACAUCAUGACUAGAGCAUUGGUUCUCACUGAAGACUUUUGGUACAGUAAUCGGUUAAAUGGUUGUAGAGC